AUGGCUUCUUGUUGUAGUGAUGAAUACUCUGAUCAUACUGACUAUAUAUGCCAAAAAGGCCUAUGGAAGUAAAUAUUGAGAGAGUACGCAAGAUGGUUCUGUAACUGUUAACAAAACGGUUGUCAACCAAUGAAAAUUCUCCAUUUGUGCAGCAUGCAUGUGCCGUUCCCUUUCAGUAAUAACCAUUCCCGAGUUAUGUUGAUCUCUGAGAUAUAUUUUCUGCUUAAUUACAGUCUCAACAAAGCCAGAGUGGGACAAGUUGUCAGGUAUGCUGCUUAAUUUACGUUCACUAAAGGUUCCUAAAUAAAGGAAAGAUGAUGGCUAUGCUUAAAAUCAAGAGUAGAAAUCCAUUGCAAAAAGUGGAUGGGACGAAACCGGCAAACAGACGUAAUUUAUUGUAGAUUACUGAUAUUAUAUACGAAUGUUCAAAAAAAUGAGGGGGGCGACGCGUAAUAAUCUUUACUCAUAAAGGCGAGCUUUAAUUUAGUCUUUGAAAUAUAUUCUCAGAAAUUUGAGAUUUGUCUCUCAAACGUUAGUGACUCAUUAGGCAUUGAUUUUUACACUAAUAAUCAAUUUUGUAAAUUUAGCGACAUUUCUGAAGUUUAGAAAAUUGCCAUUGAGUACUGAUGAAGCAAAGGCAAGCGGAUGGGUUCAAACCGCUUCAUGUAAAGGUAUAAAACAUUUAAUGUAUAGCCAACAGCUAUAUUGUUUAUAGCCCGCGUGCAGGCCAACCGAGGGAGUUCCCUCGAUGGGCCUGCACGCGGGCUAUAUUGUUUAGAAUAGUUUUUAGCUGGGUGUCUGCCAAUCUCGUUCCCCGAGCCUGCGAUCCUCGGGAAGGAACAUGAGGCUCUGGGAUAAUCCGUUUCAGGGAGGAAUCUGAUUGGCCGUUGAAAUGGAAUGUGCAGUUCAAUCUUAGCCAGGAUUCCUGGCUUCCUGCAACGGAUUAUCCCAGAGCCUCGCGUUCCUUCCCGAGGAUCGCAGGCUUGGGGAACGAGAUUGGGUGUCCGCAACAACGAUUAGCCAAUUACCAGGGCCGCCCAGAGGGGGGGGGGCAAAAGGGGAUUGGGCCCCUUUACUUAAUACAUGAUAUAUGAGCGAAUAAAGAACAAUUUCGAUCUGUGGGUCAGUUCAGUGACCAAACCCAGCUCCGCGGUUGACCUUUACCCGUUUCCGACUAUAAGGUAUGUGGUCUGACAAAUUGGUAUAAGUAUUAGGCUGUGUGUUGUGACCUCGAAAAGUUCCUAGAAAACGAUUUUCAUUUAGCAUGUAUUGGAUCUGAAAUAUAUUUAUUGGAACUAACACUUUCGAACACGGUGAGUUCAAAUCCGAAAAGUUCUCGUUCCGUAGACUCGCAGUUUUCUCACAAACUGCUAUUUUAUCUUCGCUAAUUUCGUAGCAAAUGUUUUCAUUGUUCAACCAGUUCUACGGCACGGAUCGAUGACGAUACACGAUUAUGUCACUCAAAAGGACCAACAAAAGACCAGUUUUGCUCGAAUCAUUUUGAGUUAUGUAAUCUUAUGCGUGUUGGACGCAAACAACAUAUCUUGUCUACAAGUUUGAGAAGGUACAGAUCAGCUCUUUCUAAAAUCCUUAGUUCUGGCUUUAUAUCUCUAUAAAAUCACAAGGACGCCGUUAAUGUUAAGUCUUUGGGCUAUGUCUCUGGGCUGAGAAAUAAAAUAACAAAGUAACAAAGAUGUAAAUCAGUAAUCUUAUGUAAUGGAUCAGCAUUUAAAUUUCCAACACAGUUUCCGAGACGUAAUUCAAGAGGUAACUUAUCAUUGCAUUUGAACUAUUACAUCAGUUGGUGUUAUGCUGUGCGAUAAGUGAAUAUUAUUGGAAAGAGGGCCUCCAUAUACGUUGAAAUCACGAAAUCCACUUCGUCGUAUGUUUACAGAGUUGAUUUUAUACUUUGGGACUGAUCCUUGUCUUUGAUAUGAACAUUUAUUCUUAUAUAGUUUAAGGUUAUUUAAGAUUGGUCUUGUCGUAGGCUAAGUCUUCUACCAGCAACCCCAAUUAUUGCAUCGACAAUAUUUCAUUUUAGCGUUGUCUUUGCCGUUACGUUAGCUUCGCGUUACUUUUGUUUUAAAUACCUUGAUCGCGUUAAAAGAGUUAUUUUUCAGGCCAGUGACAUAGCCAAUGACUUAGCAUUAACUUCCUUGUGAUUUUAUAGAGAUCUCGCUAGAACUGAGGAUUUUAGAGAAAGCGUUAUCUGUACCUGCUCAAAGUUGUACUGACUACUGAGACAAGAUAUGUUGUCUACGUCCAACACGCAUAAGAUUACAUAACUCAAAAUGAUUCGAGCAAAACAGUCUUUUGAUAAAAGGAAGACUGGUUAAUAAAACUGAUUGGUCCUUUUGAGUGACAUAAUCGUGUGUCGUCAUCGAUUCGCGUCGUUGAACAAUGAAAAAUUUGGGUGAAAUUAUUGAAGAUAAAAUAGCAGUUUGUGAGAAAACUGCGGGUCUACGGAGCGGGAACUUUCGGAUUUGAACUCAGCGUGCUUGAAAGUGUUCAGUAGUUCCCGUAAAAAUAUUUCAGAUCCAAGACAUGCUAAAUGAAAGUGAACGAUAUCGGCCGCAGCGGACGGUCUAUACUGUAUGUAUAGGUUAUUUUGUUCGUGCUGCCUUGUGCACCAUCAACUUCCUUUUCUUAUCCAGACGAUGCGUACUUCCGUGGAAACCGUUAUAUUUUAAACAAUGAUAUUGCAGUCAUGCUCUUGUUUGAUUCAAAGGGUAAAAUUGCCGGCAUACAGAAUGGCGUAAGUAUACACUAGAUCUAUUUAAAAUCCAGCAUGAUUUGAUUCACUGCAUAUGUGACAACUUUAUUGGGACCAUUAAAUUAAGUAUAUAAUUAAUGAGUAUAUAAUGUAUUAUUAAAUAUUGGCAGAAAAGCUUUGAUUGAGACUAUAUAUGCAUGCUGUGAAUCCUCGAUCAUGCAGGAUCGCUUAUCACAUAAGCUCCCUUUGAUUACUUUGAAAGGAAGAAUCCAUCAAGCCCCUCUCCACUACACUUUCUCUCUUUCACAAAAAACAGAGGUGUACUGCAUGAUAAUAAUCGUUGAUUGGCCUGGAAUUUCACACUAGCCCAUUGAACAUUGCUAAAAAAGUACAAUCCCAUGCAGUGCCUCUAAUGUACGUUUGUGGUGGAGUGCACGAAUUUUCCCACAAAAGAGAAUGGUCUGAGGCGUUAUAUUGAACGUGGUUUAGUUGGUGCGGUUUACGCUUCUAAUUACAAGAACAUAUCUCAUCUGGUAAUAUUUCAAUGCAUCAUCUGUAUCUAAUUUCAUAAUCUAAAGAGAAUAUUUACAUGUCGUUUUAAUGUUGUGAUAAUGAGGAGUCCGGCAACCCCUACGUUCCACGCCGAGGAAAUUCCCUUAACAACUAUCAAGUAAAGCUAAUAAAUCUGACAAAGUAAAGAAAUUAGUGAAAUAGAGGUAGCUAAACAUUCAAUCAAAUGAAUGCCAUUAUCAUGAAACCAAUAGCAACCAUUAUACAGGUAUUAGAAAUGGAGGUAGCUAAAUUAUCAAAUGAAUCCAUUAUGUGAAACCUAUACCAGUCAUUACCAGUUCUUAUUACCAGCUGCUUAUAUCUAUAUAUCUUAUUUUCCUGGUACAUUAUACUAGGUUCCAAAAUCAGGUGCAACAACUGACUUUUUUAAGAAACCAUAUUGGGUAGAAGAUGGUUCUAUGUUAGUUGUUUCAGCGUACUUUGUCGACCCCAAAGUGAUUUGUGCUGGAGGAAGAGAGGAGUCUGACUAUCUGGGAGAUUCCUUGUACAUUCAAAAUGGAGCUAGCCCUAGCUCAGUUAUGGAAAUUCCCCUAAAGGAAAAAGAUGUCGGAAAAACAAAGUGGGUUAACGGGAAAUGUGUUUAUGCAAUGGGUAAGUUCUAUCCACGCGGCCUAUCCAGAAACGGUUCGGCAUUAGGCAAAAGACAACUUCAUCAUCAUGCACUGAGACCGCAUCGUACAAAAGUGUUUUACCCGUGUUUUUACAGGUUUUUGUACGAAAAUUUUUUUUGACCUUAAUUUAACUUGUCUUUGUCUGGAAAUUUUUUUAUGACACCCUUUUUUUUGAAAUGUCCGGGAAAAAAUGUUUUCUAUUGCAUGAGAGUCCUCCGCACUAGGGCUUAAUUAAGUUUAUAGUGGUUACAGAACACCUUUGAGUGUUAAUUUUGCCUAACGCCUUUUUUUUACUGGUUUCCAUGAAAGCAUUAGACUGGUUCUACUAUCUGACCAAGUUUGAACGAAAAAUGUUGAAAACUCGCAAAGUUAUUUAAUAAAAUACAUUUCGCUGUAAUAAGAAAAACAUUGAAAAUGUAAUAUUCAAAUUCAAUUUUCUCCCGAAGAAUUUUACGGCAAUUACUGAUUUUCAAACGAGUUGUUCUCCUGCGGGUUUUAACGAAUUUUUCUCAAAUUUUCACAGGACAUAGCUACAGACGUCAGUUUCAAAAUUGUGUUCGGCUUUUUUCUAAUUUUGGAUAUUUUAAUAAUAAGGAGCAAUUCACUCAAACGAUUCCGAAAUAUAUUGCAGUCGUCAAAGAAAUUGCCAUAUCAGCGGAAUGACGAAAUAAACAAAAAUUUCCGAACACAAUUUUUUAGAACAACUAUUUUAUUGUAGGCCUAUGAAAAUUAUAUUUUCAUAAAUAUAUCUUAAAACCAGCAGGACUGACAUAACUCAAAAGCGUAAAGGUACCGCGAUUUAAGAUUUUCCUGAAUAAUUCUUAUAUUAUUUUAUUGUUUGUCAAUUUUACAACUUUACCAUAUUUUGCAUGCACUGGAGAACAUUUGGUAAAAAUUUGAUGAAAAUCGGACUGAUAUUGAGCGCGCAGUAGCAAUUUUCCGAAAAACGCCCAAAAGGUAUUCUGUAAGUUUAAGAUUGCAUUGCUAUAUAUUUCUUCUCAUCUUCACUUGAACAGGACAGCAUUACUGGUAUGACAUUUCCAAAGGGAUGAACUGCGAUGACUACUUCCCGGCCUUUUUGCUUUACAAUGGUGGCAAACUGAAUGCAUUUGGUUGGGCAACAAUGGGAGAUUUCAAGAGCGAUCGAUAUGAGCAUCCUCCAAGCUUUGCACUAGGGGUGACUAUAUUUAAAUUUAAUUUUCAUUAUUUUGGGCUUCUAUAAGUUUAAACAACAGGUAUUAACGUGCAUGUAUUUCAUUGAUGAUUUCAACUUAAUUUUAACACGGUGGUCAUUUAUGUUUGGUGAUAACGCACCGUACUCUCGCGCUUGGAUUAUCCGCCAUUUCUAGGUCUACGAAAUGCAAAUGCUUAUAUAAGUGCCAGUUGUGCGUACAAUGCUAAACUUUGAAAAGUCGCUUUUCACAUUGUUUUAAUAGCCUAGAUUCUUUUACGAGAGGAAGACACUAUACCCAUUGAACUGAAUAUAACUGGAACGCUACCUCCAACCAGAAAUUUGAAGCCAAACUUGAAGGCCAGUCCCAUGCAGUCUUUUCACGCAUGCGAAGAGCAUUCAAUUAAUCUAUCAUGAUAUAAACACGCGGGUCUGGGGGUCAGAUUUUGGUUUCAAGAAAUCGAUAGGCAGUUUAUCUGAAGUUAUAGCGUUCCAGUUACCGAUUCAUUUUAAUGAUACUACCCGGCCACAAAUGGCGGAUAUAAUCGGCCCGCGUGAAAACACCUGUAGACACCUGGUAGACCGUGGACCUAUUAAAGCGUUGUAAUUAGAGAAAACUAUGCAAUCAAUUACCCAUUUUAAAAAUUGCACGAAGUUCAAUAAAAUUUUGACUGCUUUUUGUGCGAACUUUUAAAAUGGAUCGAAAUUAAGUAUUAUACUGUAUACAGCCUUAUACUUGCAUAUAUGUAGCUUCGUCAAAACGGUUUGCGGUACUCUUCAAUUUGAGCGGAAAGUGAACUUAAAGUUUUGUCAAUUAGCAGGACUUUAAUUAAUAUCAGUCGUUAUUUCCUUUUUCGUUGAUUAUUAAUGAUUUACAGUCAAUCAAAGUUUACAUGAUAUGAACAUGCAAAAGAAUGAUUAUCAUCAUGAUUGUCUUAGCGUAAGAAGAUCUAAAUAUACAGGUUGUCCACGUCGUCUGCAAGUCACUCAGUUGUGACGAAUACCUUCCCCAUGUAAAUUAAUUAAAUUGAACUCCAUUGACAUCCUAUAUCUGGAUCUUUGUUCACGAACCCACCAUAUGAUGACAACCUUUCUUACAUGCACUGCAGUUAUAUUUCAAACCAGUCUACUUGUAAUUAACUCCAGAAUUAGUGAGAUUUAGAGGGAAAUUGUAGUAUCUUUCAGAGGAGUCAAAUGGGAACUGGAAUUUGCGUAUUUUUGGACUGGAAAAAUGAGAUUUGGGUUACUGGGACUGGGAAUGAAAUAUUGAAAUACACAAAUACCAUUAAAACGACAGUUGUAGUUGGACAUUUUAGAGUGAAAUAACUUUAUGAACAGCUACAGAGCAAUUUUUGAUUGAGAAUUUGUCUGUAAAAGUCCAGGGAAAACCGACUUAUGGCUCAAUGAGGUCAUUUUUCUGCUAUUCGGUAAGUCAGUCGUAUACCUUUUUCUUGGCAAAACCAUAGUUCUAAAGAGGACAAUUGAACACAGAAUUGUGUUAAAAGUCAUCACAUAGAUGAACUGUCUACCUGCUCUGGGAUUUUCUGUAAAUUUCACAGUGGGACUGGGAUUUGAUAUAAAAAAGGGCUGGGAAAUGGGAUUUAGAGAAAAGGUGUGAGUGUCCUGCAUGUUAUACCCAGGACCAACAUGUUAGUUGGCUACUUGGCCUACGUUAAAAAUUGAAUAGCGAUUCUCUAAGCGAAUAAUCUUGACCAAGAUAAAGGAUCGAACAAUCCAGUUUCACCAAAAUACAUUUUUAUUCCGUUUUAUAGGGUUUCUUCCAGAAGGCCACCAUGCCAACAUGCAUUUCGAAAGUUCCGAAGUUGUCAACGAUUCACAUUUACUUACAACACCGUCCUUAUUUUAACCUGUGUUGAUACAGACCGUAUACUGCAUGUAAUGUUCUUAAUUUGCUUGAAAUAAAAUAUGAAUGUUAACAUCCUUUAUCAAAAUAUGGAAUUCUAAAAUAUAAACUACCUAUACCUACCUUGCUACCUAAAAUGUUUAUAAAAUCUAUCCAAAAAAGGGGAUAUGGCAUUACAUAUGCAGAGUAUACUGCAGAGAAUAAUUCGCCGUCACAGUUUCUU